CACAUUAUAUAUAAUGUGUGUCGCGUAGGAAGAUUCUCAGCUUUUACGGGAGAAAGAUUUGAACUUAAUAAUUUUGUUUGAUGGGUCUGGGAAAUAUAGCAAGAUUUAUAAAACAGUAUUGGGCAGUGGGUACUUUUCCUACUUUAUCUGCACUUACUAUUUAUGCAGAUUGGAAUCAUACUCGAUUGUGGAAAAAAAAAUUAGCUGAAGAAACAAACUUGAAAUUAUCUUAUUAAAAUGGCAAAAAUAAAGUCACUUC